AAAAAAAAAAAUUGGUAGACGCAAACAAAAAGCUCUGACCUCCGAGGCUCUACUCAGUCGUCUCUUCUAACCUUGCGGAUUCCCUGCCCCCACGUCGGCACGGCCUCAGCGGUGAGCUCCAGCCUGCAGCUGAUUGCGCGUCAGGCAGUAAGCAGCAGCAUAUGUUCACGCUACUGAAUCUGUGUGCUAGCUCGUUCACCCUCCCCACAACCAUCAUAGCCUUUUGCAUCUGCCUGUUGAGAAACGUCGAACUGGAGAUUGAUGGACGCGGGCCUGUUGAGUGCAUUCAUAAAGAAGCUCGUGGCGAGGUUGUUUGUGUUAGCGGAUGAGAAAUACAAGCUGUACAAGGGCUACAAAGAGGAUAUUCAUUUCCUGAUGGAAGAACUUCCUAUGAUCACUACUGCCAUUGAUGAGCAGCUUUCAGGGACGGAUGACCACACAUUGCAUUUUAAGGUCAACGAGUUGCACCAGUUGGCUCAGGAAAUGGAGGACUGCAUAGACCGCAUCAUGUACUGCGCGUCUAAGGAACAGCAACCUUGGUACCAUAUAAACUAUACAUCCGGGAACAGGAUAACAUCCCGUUUCCAGUUAGCCAAGGAGAUGAAGAGACUCAAGAGGAGAUUGCAGGAAGCUCACCAGCGCAAGGAGAGAUACCCAGUGUCCCGUCCGUCCCAUACCGAGCUGCCUCCAUCGUCCUCGGAUCGUCUCAUCGCUCAGGAAGAUCUGGUUGGCAUUGAUGCGCCUCUGAAAGAGCUUCUGGAGCACUUGGUGGAAACCAAGGGGCAAUGGAAGCAGCUGAACGUGAUCUCCAUCGUUGGGUUUUGUGGGUUGGGGAAGACUGUUCUUGCCCAAGAGUUGUACGACAGUGAGAUCGGUAGGCAAUUUGAGAAAAGAGCGUGGGUUUCCGCUGGGCAACGGAAUUCGGAGGCGCUGUUAACAGAGAUUCUCCAGCAAGUGCAUGAGCCACCACCACUGGUUUACUCCGAUGCCCGCCAGCUUAGCAUUGAUCUCAGAAACCAUUUGAAUAACAAGAGGUAUUUCAUUGUAAUUGAUGACAUCCGAUCAAAGGAUCAGUGGAAUUGUAUAAAAUCUGCCUUCCCUCGACUUCAAGAUGUUAGCAGCAGAAUAGUGGUGACAACGAAAUUCCAGUCAGUGGCUAAUACCUGCAGCUCUACCAAUGGUUACGUGCACAAAAUGAGAAGACUUGAUGAGGAAUGCUCAAAGCAACUGUUACUAAAAGAGUCGUGUCUGCAGGAAUAUUCAGAUUCCUCUUCCUCGCAGUCGGAUUCGAAGGUAAUACUGGAUAAAUGUGAUGGUCAACCACUUGCUUUGACUGCCGUGGGCCAAUUCAUUCAAAGUAGAAACUCGGUAGAACAACCUGAAUGGGAAGUUGUUUGCAAGGACGUACGUUGUCAUCUGGACAGCGACGACUGCUUAAAGAGAAUGUACCAGGUGCUGACCCAUGACUACACCAGCCUUCCAAGCCAUGAACUCAAGGCCUGCUUACUAUAUUUCGCUACGUUUCCCAGUAACCAUCGAGUCAGGACAAAAAGGCUAAUGAGACGAUGGUUAGCUGAGGGAUUUGUGGUACCAUCAACUUUAUGCAGUGAUCCAGCAGCUCAAAGUUUCAAGGAGCUCAUGGACCGGAACAUAAUCCAGUCCGUUGAUGUAAGCAACAACUUGAAGGUAAAAACAUGCAAAACUUAUGGCAUGAUGCACGAGUACAUUAUACGCAAGUCUCUCUCUGAAAACAUCAUUGCUUUGUUUGAUGAUGGAAAGCUCCAACCCAAAUAUGCUCGUCGCCUUUCUCUUCAUGAUAGCAGUAUUACAGAUGCUACCAAUCUUGAAAUUGACCUAUCCCUUGUCAGAUCUCUGGUAGUCAUUGGGGAGGCAGGUAAAGCUAUUUUGAAUUUCAGAAAGUAUCAGUUGCUCAGAGUCUUGGAUCUUGAACAAUGUACCGACUUACAUAAUGGUCAUCUCAAAGACAUAUGCAACCUAUUACUUAUAAAAUAUCUAAGCCUAGGGGGCAAGAUUACAGACCUCCCCAAGGACAUAAAAAAACUGAAAGUUUUGGAGACGCUUGAUCUAAGGAGAACAUAUGUAAAGAUCCUACCUCCAGAAGUCAUCCAGCUGCCCAAUUUAAUUAGUCUCUUUGGAAAGUUUAAGCUUCCAAAUACAGUCGUUCAAAAUAAACUGCAGAAGUUUCUUUCUUCAGGACAAUGUAAGUUACAGACAUUAUCAGGAUUUCUUGUCGAUGAAAAUGAAGGAUUUCCAGAACUUAUGGUUCAUAUGAAUAAAUUGCGAAAGGUGAAGAUCUGGUGUGAAUCAUCCGCAACAAGUAGUAGCUUGACUAAUGUUAAGAAGGCCAUACAGAAGUUCAUUCAUGAUGUAAAGGACCCAUCGGAUGACCCUCGUUCUUUGUCAGUCCAUUAUGAAGGAUGCCCUGAAAACUUGCUAGAAGGCUUGGAACCUCCCUGCUAUCUUAGGUCAUUGAAAUUACAGGGUAACAUACCGAAAUUGCCUGAGUUUGUCACAGCACUCCGUCGACUCAGGGAAUUGUGCCUUCGAUCAACUAGAAUGACAGAUGAUCUUCUAACAGCUUUGGGUAAUUUGAAAGAUCUGCUGUACCUGAAACUGAUUGCAGAUGAACUUGAUCAAAUUACCUUUCGGGACAGGGCAUUGCCAAACCUGCUCUGCCUGUGUUAUGUGGUGAAACAUCCAACAUUUCCUAGAACUGAAGAUGGUGCUUUGCCACUUCUCAUAUCACUCCAGCUGCUCUGUGAAAAUAUGGAUAGCCAGUGCAGUGUCCAGAUCAAAGGCUUUACACGCCUGAGGGAAGUAGUUAUUUAUGAUGAAGUCAACCCUGAUAUUAAAGCAAAUUGGGAACGGGCGGUUAAGGAACAUCAAAACAGGCCCAAAGUUCUGCUCAAAAGGGCUGAUCCACCCGAAGAGGCAACUGGAAACGAGACCACAGAAUGUUUCGCUUCAUUAGAGGGACCAGUACAAGAAACUGACAUCCAAAUGCCAGCAGAAGAGCCAAAAUUUGCUUCCAACAGUAGUAAGGCCUUGUUUAGUUCCCAAUUUGGGAGUGGCAAAAUUGGUAUUUUGCCAUAAAUGCGCAACUGUAGCAUUUCGUUUGUAUUUGUGAAUUAUUGUCCAAACAUUGACUAAUUAGGCUCAAAAGAUUCGUCUCGCAAAGUACAACAAAACUGUGUAAUUAGUUUUUGAUUUCGUCUACAUUUAGCAUUCCAUGCAUGUACCGCAAGUUUGAUGUGAUGGGGAAUCUUCUUUUUGCAUAGUGCCAAAGUUAGGAAUUUGGUGGUAACUAAGUGCUUUGUGUUGGUCUAUCUGAUUUGCCCAUUGCUGGGAUUGGCACAGUAUCUUCUUAAUCUUAUGGGAUAAUUGCAUACGUGCCCUUGUUUUUAAACUCUUGCUACAGGAUUUAUCUCGCUAUGGUAGCUGAUAUGUCUUUUGUUGUUCUUAAUUUUAUUUAGGCUGUGUGCAGCCUAGCUAUGUAGAGGCAGGAAAAGAUCUUAGUAUGAUUGUAUCACCUUGAUGUAUGUCUAAGAUUAAUAAAGCUUCCCUUAUCGAAUUUAA